AUGGAUGUCUAUGGAUUCAAUCUUAAUCAUGGACAAAUGACAGGGGGUGCAAUUUGGAUACAAAACUUGAAGAAAGAUAGUCAUCGGAGUACAGGGUGUGUCAACCUCGAUUGUCCUGGUUUUCAGCUGGUGAAGGGAUCCCCCAUAUCUCCCGGUGACAUCAUAACCCUAGUGUCUGGUAUCAAUGGGAAACGACAUAGUAUCACCAUUAAAGUGUAA